GUCCGGAAGGCAGAUGCAACUUGGCAGCCCACAGUCACUGACAGGCCCUGAGCGCACGUAGCCCUCCUUGCUGAGGCCUCCGCCUGCUGGCGGCGCGGUAGCGGCGGGCGACCCGAUUGGCGGCCAGGCCUGCGCCCCGCCCCGCCGGGCGGUCCUCGGCGCCUCCCCAGCCGGGCCCUCCCCUUUCCGCGGGAGGCGUCCCGGACGGAGGCUUGGUUGCGCGCAGUUCCCACGACUGUGCGCGCCGGCGUCUGGGCUCCUUUGCAGAGGACUCGGUAGCUGCAGCUCCGAGAGCACAGCGGGCAGAGCUGCGGGCUGCGCGCGCCCCUGCUGCCACCGGGCGUCCCGCCGUGGCUCCCGCGCCCCGCGGCGACUUCCGCGCCCGCGCUUCUCUUUGUUCAAGUCCCCGAGCGGCGGCGGGGUCGGAGCCCGCGCCUUGGGCGACUGAGGCGGCGGCAGUCCGGGCCCCGGCGCCCCGGCGAUGCCGGACCAGAUCUCCGUGUCCGAAUUCGUGGCCGAGACCCUUGAGGACUACAUGGCGCCCACGGCCUCUAGCUUCACCACGCGCACGGCCCAGUGCCGGAACACCGUGGCGGCCAUCGAGGAGGAUGCAGUGACUUAUGAUGAUGUGCACGUGAACUUCACUGGGGAAGAGUGGAAUUUGCUGAAUCCUUCCCAGAAGAGUCUCUACAAAGAUGUGAUGCUGGAGACCUACUGGAACCUCACUGUUAUAGGCUACACUUGGGAAAACCAUCAUAUUGAAAGACAUUGUCAAAGUUCAAGAAGAAAUGGAAGGUGCUGGAAGACCUGUGGAAACACAAGGAGUUCACCAACCAUGAGCUUCAGGAGUGAUACAAGGGUUUCCUCAAUGACUGUCCCACUGGCCACCUGACUGUGGACAAUUUCAAGAUCUAGGCCAACUUCUUCCCCUACAGAGAUGCCUCCAAGGUCGCUGAACAUGUCUUCCACAACUUUGACACCAACAGCAACAGCACCAUCGACUUCCGAGUGUUCAUCAUUGCUCUGAGCAUGACCUCUCGGGACAAGCUGGAACAGAAGCUGAAGUGGGCCUUAGCAAGUCCGACCUAGACAGCAAUAGCUACAUCAGCUGCAGGAAAUGCUGGAGAUAGUGCAGUUACCUGCACUUGACAGGGUCUGGAGCAUGGGGAGUGCAGGGAUCCAAGACCCCUAUCCCCGACCCCAUACACCAGGUCAUUCCUCUGCCCACCUGCUACCUGCUGUAUUAAAGGACUGUAUGUCUUUGCAGUGAGUAACAAUAAAAGCCAAGCAUCUAUCGAUUGCUUGCUGGACAUCAGGUCCCAGCUGAGCUCAUCCAUCAGGUUUAUUCACACAAUUCUAUAAAACGGGUCUUUUUUUAAAACAAAACAAAACAAAAAAAACCUCUAAUGAGAUCUGAGGCUCGGAUAGGUGAUUAAGAAUUGUCAAAGCAAGAACUGGGAAAAUGUCUCAGUGGGGAAGAACACUUGAUACCCAGCAUGAGGACCUGAGUUCUGAUCCCAACACCCACAGAAAAGUCAGGAGUGGCUGAGCAUGCCCGAAUCCCUAGAACUAGGGGACAAGUGAGUCCCAGACGCUUGCUGAGCAGGCAGCCUAGCUAAAAUGGUAGGCCCCGGCCGGGUUCAGUGAGAGAGAAAAGGGAAUACUGUGAACACCGGUAUUGCUUUUUGGCCUCUGCACAGGUGGGUGUUCAUCUGCACACACAUGAAUAACAUACACACACAUUAGCUGUCUAUAGGGCUUCCUAUAGAAAUCAGAAAGACACAGUAAAGGAUGAUUCAGCAGUCAGUUCUUCACAGGAGCGAUGCUUAUGUGCACCCUGUAUCCUUCCUGCUCCAUGCUCUAAACCAUCUCUGUAUUUGGUCCAGUGGGCUGACUCUGUGGGUAAAGGUGCUUGCUACCAAGCCUGGCAGCCUGGGUUCGAUCCCUAAUACCCACAUGGUAGGAAAAUAGAACCAGCUUCCACAAGUUGUCCUCUGAAUUCCACGUGAGAUCACCUCCCCCAAAUAAAUAAUUACAUACAUCCAUAAAAUAAGUAAAGUAGUUAUAUACAGUGCCUAAUUCAAUGGCUAUUGAUGUUAAUAAUAAUUUGUAUUAUUUGGGAAAUAACAAGAAACUAUCUGUGUACAUCAAGUUUCAUUUUCUAGACUAUUUCCCACCUGUAGUUGUUGGAUCUGCAGAUUCAGGACCCAUGUGUGGGCAGGGCUCAAUGUAUUUCCCCUUUUAUCUUUCCUCCAGGAUUUCCCAGCUCCCCACCAAAGAACCUCCUUUUAGACAGAUGCUUUGCCCCACAACCUCCCCUCUACUCCGAACCAAGGAGCCCUCCAUUCUUCCAUGCCCCAGCUGUAUCCUGUGCUCUUGAACGUCACUUAAACUUUCCUGGUUCCCUUUGCCCAGUACCUUGUCUGUGAAACUUGUUCUGAUGAGAGAAGGGUCCUGACUCUGCCCUGUCCAUGCUCCUUGGUUAGCAGAGCGAGGACCAUAACCCACCCUCCAUCCUCCAGAGCACACUCAUAGAUGCCCCUUUGCAGGCCAUCUACAAGAUGGUGUCCUCCAUGAUGAAGAUGCCUGAGGACGAGACCAUGCCCAAGAAGCAAACAGACAAGAUCUUCAGACAGAUGGACACAAACAAAGAUGGCAAAAUGUCCCUGGAUGAAUUCAACAAAGGUGCCAAGAGGGACCCAUCCAUUGUCCGGUUGCUGCAGUGUGAUCCCAGCAGUGCUAGCCAGUUCUGAGGGGAAUAGGCUUUUACACAGUUGUGAGAAACACAGGUUUGACUUGCCAUCUUCAGCUUUGCUUGAUACAGUGGUUUUCUCCGUGAUUUCUCCUGCUCUCUCGGGACCUGGGUCCAGGCAGCAUAACACACUCACCUGGUCUGGCUGGAUGCAGCUCCCUCCUCUGUCUGAUCCAAUAGAUGUCCCUCCCCAUCCAGUCCAGGAUGGUUUCUUCCAAGGUUUCAAGUGUUCUGGGCUGUAGGGCUCCUUCCCUGCCCACAGAGGGCCUGGAGACCCUUAAGGACACCAGACAGGACAUUUCAGUAUCUUACUGAGACCAGCUGAUUUAUUCUAUGAUCCCAGGUGAGUUUGUGAGGAUGAAGAAGAUGGAGAGUAGAUAGGCAAGCCCUUCCUGUGCAUGGCUCCACCUCCCUUGUUCAUUUUCUCCGACCAAAGCUGCUUGCAUGUAUAUACUGCAGUGUCCUUACUUUUAAUAUAUAAGUUUUGUAUAAAGUGAGAAGGUUCAGCCCCUGUAUUUAAAGCCUCUGACUGCCUUUAAAGCAUGGUCCCCUGUGGCCUGUGAUUCCCCCCACCCCCAAGUCUGGCUGUGCUGUGGUAUUUAAGUAUUUAUUUGCCUAAUUACACAGGAGAUACAUGCAUGCCCAAGGCUGUGGACAUCUGCCCUCCGUCCUGCAAAUACAGGUGUUCCUGUGUGCUCUGUCCUUCCUUUCCAUUGACCUGGCAUAUUAAAAUGAUCAAAUAAACCAAGGUCUGUGA